CCUUGUUGACAGUUUUCUAAACAGAGAUGAUGUUGCUUGUUCCUUGUUCGCCAUUUUGUAUUCACAUUUUUGGUGUAAUCGUCAUCAGACAAGCUUUAUUAAUGCUUGCUUUAUUAUAGAAUUAUUUGGAUUAUUUUUUUCAAGAACUUAUUAAUCAAGAAUCAUGGCGCGUUAUCGCGAAUGGGAUUUAGCCUGUAAAGUAUACGUUGGAAAUUUGGGGAGCAAUGCCAAUAAACAUGAAAUUGAAUGUGCUUUUGGCAAAUUUGGUUCAUUGAGAAAUGUGUGGGUUGCCAGAAAUCCACCUGGAUUUGCUUUUGUCGAAUUUGACGAUCCCAGAGAUGCCGAGGAUGCAGUUAAAGGAUUGGACGGAAUUCGUUGCUGUGGUUCAAGAGUACGAGUUGAAAUGUCCUCAGGUAGAAGUCGUCGUGGAGGCGGUGGUGGUGGAGGUGGAGGAGGUCGCAGACAAGUUGGAAAAUAUAAUUCAAGAUCUGACUCACGUAGUCCAGUAAGAAAGGGCAACGGCCGUUCCCAAAGAUCCUUCUCUAAGAGCCCACGAAGAUCGCCUGUUAAUCGUUAUUCCAGAUUCUAUCAGCGUCUAGCUUUAUUCGUCUCCCCGACACAACAACUACAGCCACCGUGAAAAAAAAAAAAAAAAAUUCGCUAGCAAUUAAAAUUGAACAAAUAUUUUUGUCCAUUAAUCUCCCAACCACGUCAUCAUCAUCAUCGACAAGAAGUCAACUUGUCCGCUCUUUUGCUGUUCGUCACUUUCCCAUCAAUCAAAAAACGACAUCUUCGGGCUACCUCAACUUCUAAGUGCGACAAAAUUGGAGCAUCGUGAAAAUAAAAACCCAACAAAAAACGGCUGACGCGAUUCAAAAAACAAAAAAUUCUGACUUGUGUUAAAACAAACAAAAAAAAAAAAAAACCCCAAGCUCUACUUCUACUGCUACUUCUACUCGUCAACCAUCACGUUUUACUUGUUAGCUGACAUGCAACCACUUCUUCUCUUCAAUCGAGCAAAAGUAAAAUGAUCACCACCUACACACCAUCCCAACCCAAUCAACUAUCACCACUACAUGUUCCACAAUUGUUUAAUGGGUAUUUCAUCGAUUUUCCAAAAUUUUCUAUUCAUACUUGACAUUUUUCCAAGGAGGAUAUAAAAUUUUCUUUUUAAAUUUAUAUUUUUUACAUUUCACAAAUUCUUAAUUAGUUAAUUUUUUUUUAUUUAUAAAUUAUUAACAGAAUUGAUAAAUAUUCUUUUAAUAAAUAAUUUCGUAUAACCUUCUUGGGAAAAUUGUCAUAUAGAAUUUUAAUUCAGGUCUUUUUAUUUUAUUUCAACUAAAUCGAUAAAAUUAAACAUUAACAAUAAAUUGAUUUAGACAUGAAAUAAAAUAGAAUUACUCUAACAUAAAUUUAAAAUAUAUAAUAUUUCUAAAAAUUUCUCAAUUCCUAACUGUUAAUUUUUAUUGUUGGUUGGUUCACCAUUUGAUAAUAAUUUGUCAUCUAGUAUUAAUAAUUAUUAUUCGUAUUCUAAGAUUUUUAAUAGGAUUUUAAUUAUUUGUCUAUCUUAAUCCAUUUGUAAUCACAGGUUAUUUCAGAAAUGAUUUUAGAUAAGAAGUUACCAAUAAUACAAGAAAGAUUUAAAAAUUUUAUUAUAUAACAAAACGUCUUUUUUCAAUGAGAAAUUCAAUAAUCAUAAUAGUGAGAAUAUUACUUUCAAUUUUUCUUUAGUCACGAAAUCAUUUCUAAAAUGAUAUACUUUAUGUUGUAUACGUUCAUAAUUUAUUCACUCGAUAUUGAUUUAUUUUUUGUGUAUAAAAUUUUUAUUUUACUUAUUUAUUUGUAUUAAGUAGAGAUACAUUUUUGUAUUUAUAUUAAAAUUAUAUAUACAAACUUUUAAAACAAGUAAUUCCAAUAACAUUGAAUAGUUUUUAAAAUAUAUUGAUAUAGAUUGUUUUAUAAAAAUAAAACAGUAUCGAGAAAAUUUUUAACACAAUUUUUUGAAGUCUUUAAAAAAAAGUAAAUAAAAUACACAUUAUUAAUGUUUGUUGAUUAAUUUUUUUAAGGUCUAAAUCACGUUCACCACGCAGGAGAUCUCCAACUAGAAGCCGAAGCCGAGAUCGUCGCUCUCGAUCGAAUUCUCGUGAAAGACGGUA